CGCGACUUGUUCAUUUGUUGUAAUUAUUCACAACCUGCAAACUGCAUCAGAGGUACCUUUGAGCUUGAAUACACACAAUCAUAUAAUCCCAAUUGGAAAGCAGAAUUCCUAAAGGGCAAUGGCUAGGCUGAUGCCGCCAAGUCGCCACAAUGCCCUCGUUCGCUGCCAUCAAUGUCGAACCGGAGGAAAACUUAGAUGAGGAUAUCGAAGAUACUAGACAAAUACAGGUCGACGAAGCCUUGAAACUAUACCAGAAUGCAUUGAAGCUACAUGCACAAGGCCCAAAGUCCUACGACGAUGCCUCCAAGGCGUAUGACCAGCUUUUUGAAUCCGCAAUAUUCAAGCUACCCGAAGCGAUCACCGAGUAUGAGCGUGCACAGCGCCCACAAACGCCCUUCUUGUCCCAAGAAACCGCAUUCUCUGCAGCUCUCGACGUUGCAAAUCCCGAUGGCGACCCUUCCGCCACAAGCCUGCCUCAAGUCUACUAUUUAGCAUACAAGAACCAUGGUCACUUUCGACUCGAUCGGAUCCGACAUGAGGCUAGGGUUGCGAGCCGAGAAGGCAGACCGAACAUUUUUGACCAAGACGAAACACAGACUGAAGCUCUUGGUGUCUUGAGCGACUUCGAGGCCGCUCUGGACCGCGACCCAUCGGAUGCAGAGCUAUGGAGGAGGGCUGCCCGCGUCUCCGCCUUUCUGAAAAGUGCCCGGGUCAGUCGAUACUGCUUAGAGGCCGCUAUCGAGCUUGAUGAUGAUCCUGCUGUUGGCGACGUAGAACCCCCGUCUCUGGCGGAAGGCUAUGCCGGUGAACAAUUGAAGAAUCAAUUGCAGGUCCUUGGAGACGACAUGGCACUGUCACAUCCUGCGAUGGGGCCAUUUGUGAAGUACGAAGUGCCAGACUUUCUGAAGCGCUUUCUGGACCCUCUGCCAUUCCUUCCUAACCCAAUCAAGGAAAUCGCCAUACCAAAGUCUACCAAAGACGAGGAAUCGUUAUCUAGACUGAUCCUGGUAGCCCAGGUAGCCGACUGGACAAACGUCGGACUGGCUAUAAUUGCCGCGUUUCUCAACCACGGCGCCUCUGGAAGAGGUGUCUUUAUUGAGGUGCCAGAGGUAUUAGAAGAUGAGCAGGACGUUGUCAUGGACGUAGACAGCGAGUUGCAGGCCCAGAUUGAAGCUCAAGUUCUCGAAGAGUCAAGAUCUGGCUCUGCGGGAUCUGAAAAACCCGCUGCUGCCACCAGUGACACACAACAGACAGCCGCUAAUACUGAUAGCACUCCUGCUACCAAACCAGCUGCGGACACCACUUCACCAGGAGAGGGACGCAAGGAUAGCACUGCUUCUUUGGGCUUUAGGAAACGCUCACAGUCGGAAGCAGGCCUGGCUGAUGGCGGGGAUGAAGAAGCUGUGGAUUCAAAGCGACCCAAACGUGCUAGGCGACGCGAUACAGCAGUUGAGGAAGUGGUUGAUCCAAGCACAAUCAUUGCGAACCAGCUGCGGCCAUAUCAAACUGCAGACCAUGAACUGUUUCAGCUCAUCCAAGAGACAACGAAAACCUUGGGGAUAAAUGACCCAGAUGCCUCGAAAAAGAUCUCUGAGAUCCUGGAAUCCUGCUCAUCAGAGGACCGACUCAGCAAGCUAUCCUCUCAGGUAGCACAGGAUCUCGCAGCAACCAUAAGCACUUUCACUAUGGAGCAAUCCAAAGUUCUUCUGAACAAAGAACCUGCGCCAACACUGGGUCUGAAUGCCUUCUUGGAACAUACCAAACCUGGCACGUCACCCGCAUCAGAGAAACCACCAGCCAACGAAACAGCAGGACUCAAGGCUUUCAUUGCCAGGAUCAACGGUGGCUGGUUCACCCUUGAGGACUGUGCGUUUCGAUGGUUAUCGGCUCUAUGCCACAGCUACACCGCCUCGAGGUGGUCUGAAGAACGAAAGCGAGCUGUUGUGCAUGUCAUAACCCGGCUUGAUGAUGGUAUAUACCAGCGCCUACAGUAUGAAUCCCAAAACCACCAGGACUCAAAUCCUAGCGUGGUCGAAAAUCAGCCGACGAUGGAGGCCCUUGCCCAAAUGCUAUUCGAACUGCAUCUCGACAUAUACGAGCGCGUCACUAACCCUAACAGCUUGGUUGACGCUGAACAACGCAAAGAAUCGAGGACCCGAUUGAUGCGGUGGUUAUUUUUGCGGUCGCAACUAUUUGAUUCAGGCAAGGCGCAGCCUUCAGAGGAACUAACACUUCGGUUCUGCUGGGCGGUCGUUUUUGCCACAACACUGUCCGACACGGUCUCGCCAGACCAUGUCCUGGAUUCUUGGCGGUCGCUCCGAGAAGUGGUCGAGCAGGCUGGAACGGCGGAAAUAUUCCUCCCCAACAAUGUGGUCAUGCCCGAGGUCUCAGUCAAGGCUGUGGAUAGAGAGAUCAGUAAACUCACUACCAUGGACUUUUUCUUGGGAUUGUUCAAGGAGGAUAUGGGUGAUCCAGUCGCAGUCAUCAGUUCUCUGGAACCGGUCCUCAAUCCUGACAGUGUCGCAGUGGUCACAGAUCCUGACACCCCCAUCAAUGGAAUGGCACAGGAUGGGGAGUCUGGCGAGCCCACCGGAGUUUCCGUCAAAGAAUGCGCAACUCAGACACUUCAGGAUCUCUGGAAGUUUGUUAGGGGAAGCAGCACAGACCUCAGAUUAUUCCUGUGGAAAAGGCUGGGUGAUGCGUACCGUGCCAUCAAGUAUAACACCAUGCAGUUCUCCUGCCUUCUUCGCAGUAUUGAGAUGAUUGUGGACGACUUUGAGCGCGAAUCUUAUCUCACUGCCUCGGCCGAGACUCGCACCAGUAUACUGAUUCACAUGCUCAGAAAUCUGGAUGACCUGUUGAUACACGCGUUGCACCUCGCUCUCAACGAUAAUACCUCAUUUGAUAUCAUCGACGACAACCAUUUGGGAGCAACGGCAGCAGCACUCGCAAAAUUGAGCUGCAUACUGCACGUAUGCGCCAUUUACGAGGACGAAGUCAGCAUCGGGCUAAAACAAAACAGCAAUGUCGGCAGCAGCUUUAGGAAAUCGUUGCUGGAUCUUUUGCACAACUUCCAGGCCCGAACUUGGUGUCUGCAAUACUGUGUCUUGAAGGUUGGCAUCGGAUCGAACAAGGAGCUGUUUACCAAACCAAGCAGCCAUUUGUCUCAGCUCCUUGCCGCUAUCCACCAGGUCCUUGGGCUCCGCAAGAUGUGUAAAGCAUCCAAUCGCAUCUUCCCCAAAAUGAUGCGUGUUGAGCUUCUUAGGCAGACAGAGGCCGAGGAUUGGGAAAGGGAUCUGGGACAGGUACUCUACGAUCUCCACGGACUGAAACUGGGAGUAGAGGUCGAAGACCACGGCUGUCCUCCGGAAAAGCUCGAAAAGCGGAACGCAAUUGCAUUGGUAGAAAAGAUCACCAUUCUGGCCGAUCGCAUGUCGAUGAAGGAUCUUCUCAAGUCGGAGCUCAAGACUACCAUUGAGCAUAUGUCGCAGGCUAUCGGACAAACCAAGUCCACGCCUCAGAUGAUUCACAACCUGCGCAACUUUACCGAGUACCUCAAGAAGCCUAUCCACCCACUGCGGCUUUACCAGGCCUGGAAAGGCACCGUGAGCAUAGAUGCAGUGACAGUUACAACAUCAGAAGCAGCACUUGCAGAGCACGGUUGGUUCUUCCUGCUCGGCAUGAUCGCGUUCAGCAAAUUCAAGCAGGUCGAUCUCAACAGGCGACAGACCCCAGGCGCGACUGAUGAUCUGCGUAUUGGUCAGGCCUCCUUGAGAAGUCAGAUUCAAUUCACGCCAGACCGUUGGGAUGCGUGGCUUAGACUGGCCGAAUGUUACGACUAUGAACUAGACGAGGCCGUUCUCUGGACGGCCGAUAAGAUCAACAAAGACAGGGCUGAGCUCCUCAAGUUUCAGCGGAGCUCAAUACACUGUUACAGCCUGGCGCUGUCCCAUUCCUACUCAAUGUCGAGAGAGCUGUCCGACAACGAUUCCGAGGCGCUAUACGAUCUGUAUUACAAUUUUGGAAUGCGGAUGUAUGCAUCCAGCAGAGAGCCCUUCGGCAUGGAGCCAUUCAAGCACUCCGAACAGGAGAGAUUUUUCAUCGACACGGGUGAAAGCGAAAACGGCACCUACAAGAAGAUCUUGCAUAUGGAGAUGACGGAUUACCAGGUCUGGAAGUACGCGGCGAGCCUAUUCAGAAAGGCGAUGGCAAGACGACCAAAGGAUUGGAAGAGCGCUUACAUGUACUCAAAAUGUCUCUGGAAAAUGUAUGCAACUCCAGAUGAUCGUCUGCCAGAGAGUACCAAACGAACCAAGCCUGGCAAGGAGCUUCUCAUAUCCGCGCUUGAAAAAGCCGUCGAGGUUGUGUCAUGGCUUCCGAAACCUAGACAUGGUCAAGAUCCUGUCAUCGAGCCCCAUUACAAAAUCCUCGUGGUACUAUACAAGCUCGUUUCUCGGGGUGACAUGACCGCACAGGAGGCCGCGGAUGUUCUCCAGCGGCAGCCGUAUGCUGUCCGCAGAGGCGAGGAUGUCUUGAUCGGAGACGGCGACUCGGAUGAUAAGGAAGAAUGGGAAGAGUACGUGAUCAAGUACCUCUGCCACCUGCGUGACAAGGACAAGUCGAACUGGCAGCAUCGGAUGAUCAUCCGACACGCCCGCAUCCUGUUUGACUCUGAUGAAAACGGUUCCGAUGGGGAAAAGUCGGAUGGCAAAGAGGUUUUUAUGGGAGCAAAAGCCGCCUUCUCGGUAUUGCGCGAGUCCAUGUUCACCAAGACAAUGGUGAUGAAUGUGUGGAAGUGCGACGCCGAGAGGCCCGGUCGCCAUCACGUGUAUACGGAACAGUAUGUGAGAUUCAUGACACGGCUGCUGGUCGCUAUGGACGACCGAGUCAAUCUCGAAGCGCUGCUCCGACGGAUCCGCAAGAAAGGAGCCGACUUUUAUCACUUCAACGAGCUGUGGCACUAUUGCGUGCUUGCUUACACGCGUCUCAUCCGCCAGGCGUAUCAGAUUCCUACGACCGAAGAGGAGACGUUCAAGAACGUGAGCCUGGACGAGUUCGAAAUCGUAGCGGAAAGAAUUACAGAGUGGGCUGUCAAACUCAAGGCGGAGGAGCACUCGGCGUUUGAUGCGAUGAAAGAAGCCAUCGAGCUGAAGAAGCUAAACGCAAACCUUACCAAGGCAACACCUAUCGACGACCUUGUCAGUGACUGUUACUGUCUAAUCUAUAGUGAGGUCGGCAGCGACCUACCGGGGCCACCGCCGGCCCAGAUUCUCGAGGACAGGGCAAAGCAGAAAGAAGCUGCUGCCGCUGCCAGUGCCGAAGAGCGCCCGACUGGACUGAACAGCUUCUUGAGCGCGCUGGAUACCAAAGCCAAUAGCAGCAGGGCUGGAUCGGAGGCGCCAGAUAAGACCGCUGUCGAGCAGUCGUCACGACCGAGGAAAGCAGCGGGUGUACGUCGACCAGAUAUCCUUCGCAAAGCUGAACAGGCGGUCCUCCGGGCCAUGGAGCCGCCACAGGCGAAGACGGCCGCCGGCGCCUCAUCAGCUCGCGCUGGUGCCAACGGCGAGAAUGGCAGGAAGUCCCGCAUGAGCUCUGCCGGAUCCGUGGGCGGCGGCAAGACCAGUCGCAUGUCGCCCGGAGAGGCCGAGGGCGGCGGCAACGGCGGCGAUGCCGAAGACGAAGACAUUGAGAUGACGGAGGUAGCGGACGAGGACGAAGACAGCCGUGGGCCUGCGAUCGACAACGAGAACGACGAUGGGGCUGACGCGGAUAGCGAAGGUUCCAGCCCCAGGGGCAGCAAUCAAGACUCCACGGAUGACGAGUCAGACCUUAGUGACGUGCCUCCCGAUUACGAGGACAACAUGCCAGCCAGCCUCAUGUUCCCGAAUCUGCGUAGGAGCGUGGAGUCUGCUGGGCCGGUAGCUACUAGCGACAGCGAGGCCAUCGGUAGCUCGGACGAAGGAUCCGGUGUCGACGAGGAGGAGGAGGAUGAGGAGGCGGUCCUGGAGGAAGAGGAUAACGAGCAGGAGGACGAGCAGGAUGAUGAGCAAGAAGAGGAUGGCGAGGAGGAUGAAGAAGGAGACGGAGAUGAGGAGAUCGAAGAGGAAGGCGGAGCGGAAGACGAGGACCAGGAGAUGGCGGACGAUGACGAAGCAGAGGAAGAAGAAGCCCAAGAAGGCGAAUAAACGCAGGGUGCUUCCCAGGCAUCCCUGAAACGAUAAGUGUUGUAUUUCACAUCUCUGCAUAAUUGCAUCUUAACGGAGGAUUAGGACGCCUAACUCGCUUGGUACAGCGUAGGGUGUUUAGGGAGUUCUGGUUUGGCUUUCUGUCGAGUUGUUAGUCUAGAUCAAGUCUGGCGUGAAGGAGUUUCUGAAGACUUUACCCAUGUCCACUGUCCUCUGUUAGUCGCAUGGUCAAAUGAAAUAAUCAAAGUCAUGAAUGAAAGAUGCGCUUCUACUAUGGAUAACAUGACAAAUAUCCAACCCAUCCUCUAAACGCCGGCUAUUUGACGCCACGAAAUGGAAGCCCGGAUCCAAGAAAUUUUUUUUCUUCCUUUUUUUCU